AUGGCGACCGCUGUCUUGAACCAGCUCAGAUCUAUCUUUACCGAUGAUUCUACCGAUAAAGUGGUGAUCAAUGAAUCUGCUGACAAGUACGAAGCUGCUGUGACCUACCCCUGGUCACAGACCUGCUGGACUCCUGCGGCCGCAUAUGUCUACCUGGGUAAUGUUCAGGAGCUAACUAAGGCUCUGGCUAUCGUUCAAGAAACUGGUACUAAGUUUGCUGUCCGCACUACCGGCCAUAACCCAAAUCCAGGAUUCAGCAGUGCGGGUGAAGCCGCUGUCGUGCUAGAUAUCAGGCAGUUUAGGUCUAAAGAACUACUUUCUGAUCAUGGAACUGCACGCUUCGGGUCGGGAAAUACCUGGGGUGAGGUAUAUGCUUGGCUGGAGGAGCGAGGGCUGUCAGCCAUUGGGGGGAGGGACUCUCAGGUAGGACUGGGAGGCUUUCUCUUAGGAGGAGGUUUGGGGGCUUUGCCCAAUCUUUACGGACUCGGCGCUGAUGGAGUGAAGAACUUCGAGGUCUUACUCGCAGAUGGCAACCUCAUUAAUGCUAAUCAAAAUGAAAACUCCGAACUCUACCGCGCUUUGAAGGGUGGCGGCUCUAACUUUGGUAUUUUGGCUAAUUUCAUUAUCACAACAGGUAUCGUCACACGGUUUGAUCUCGAAACUCAUCCGUUGAUAAAUGUCCAAUAUACCAUCAACCUCUACAAUCCUGAGGAUCAUGUGGCAAUCAACAAGGCUACUUUCGAAGUUCAACAGACUAUGGAGGAAGAUCCUAAGAUUGGGCUGUUCACCAAUUUCAACAAUGGCUUUGUUGCAGUAGGCCUACUCUAUGGAGACCAUCCAGCUGAGUCCGAGGCCCAGAAAACCUUUAGGCCGUUCCACGACCUCAAAAGCCUGGUGACAACGGUCCUGCCCUCUACAAACGGCACCCUUCUGUCUCUAGCUCAAGCUAUGGGCCAUGCCCAGACCCCUCUCAAACGAUCCAUUUGUACAGUUACCACCCGGAACUCACCUGAACUAUACGAAGAAGUGUAUAAGACCUGGGUUGAGGUCCGUAAGGCCCUUCCAGCUGAUACCGUCCUACAUUAUACCAUUCAGCCAAUUGGUACAGCUGCUGUCCAAGCUGGUAAAGACCGUGGUGAGAAUAUCAUGGGUCAUGAGAGUAUUCCACAAUCCUGGUGGGUUUUCACCUGUGAAUGGCCUAAAGACGGUGAUGAUGCUGCUGCACAAGGUGCUGUGAACGCCAUGUCUGAAAAGGUGCAGUGUCUGGCCAAGGAAAGAGGACUCCUUCUGGAUUACAAGUGUAUGACCUUUGCUACCGCUUCGCAAAAGGUUUUGGGCAGCUAUGGGGCUGAGAAUAUCAAGCGAAUGCAUGAUGUGGCGGCCAAGUAUGACCCUGAAGGCGUUUUUCAGAAGCUACAGAAUGACGGCUUUCUUCUACGCAACAAUGUCUAG